AUGGCAGAGGACAUGCUCAAAAUCCUCAAGCUGUCGCAGGCCGGAGUCCGGGAGCAUCUUGGCGGGCUUCUCCUCAGAGGUGAGCUGAUCUAUCAGCCACCGACGACCACAUACUGCAGAACGUUCAAGAGCACCUUGAACAGAGACUUCGAGAGGGACUUGAGACUGGCGAGCGACCGCUGGACGAUGCGGCUCAUCGAUGAACAGCCUAACCUUCUCACAGACUUCAUCCUCGGGGCCGUGGAAGAGGACAAGCCGCUGUUCUCUGGAGUGUCUCUUGCAUUUUUCACUUCAGUAGAAGACCACGAGAUCGCUGGACUCCAAGCAGUACCCUGGCUGCAAGCAGACAACCUCGAUCUCAAGGCCCUAUCAGACGACGGAAGGGCAGGCAUUUCCACUCUGGGCAAGAAGACCCUGGCCGACAUGAUGCAAGAUCCGACGAGCCUGUCGUCAAAAGCGUACUGA